GUUUUCUUUUAAUCUACUUUUUCGAAUAACAGAAAAUAACUUGCAUCAGAUUAGUCGUUUCAUUAUUAGAAACAGCUUGAGUGCAUGCUAUUGAGUGGAAGUAUCAAUAUCAAGUGUAGUUUAUAGUCUACUAACAAGAUAAAACAAACAUUCCCGUUACAUCGUCAAAAUGAAUUCCUUUUUGAGGGGAUCCACCAAUUAUGUUUGGUGUACGACCAGCGUUCUAGGAAAGGGAGCAACUGGUGCAGUUUACCAAGGCGUUAAUAAACACAAUGGGGAACCAGUUGCCGUGAAAACGUUCAACCAGCUUAGCCAUAUGAGACCUCACGAUGUACAGAUGCGGGAGUUCGAAGUGCUCCGCAAGGUGAAGCACAACAAUAUCGUAAAGCUGCUGGAUAUCGAAGAUGAUCAGGAAGGUCGAGGUAAGGUGAUUGUAAUGGAAUUAUGCACUGGUGGCAGUUUGUUCAAUAUCUUGGACGAUCCGGAGAAUACCUACGGGUUACCACAACGCGAGUUCCUACUGGUGCUGGAACACCUGUCAGCAGGAAUGAAGCAUUUGAGAGAUAACAAUCUUGUUCAUCGAGAUUUAAAACCGGGUAAUAUUAUGAAGUACAUCUCAGAAGAUGGCCGCACAAUAUAUAAACUGACAGAUUUUGGUGCGGCACGCGAGUUGGAAGAAAAUCAGCAGUUUGUGUCGCUGUACGGUACGGAGGAGUACUUGCAUCCAGAUAUGUACGAGAGAGCUGUACUUCGAAAGUCCAUCAAUCGGAGCUUUACAGCAAAUGUGGAUCUGUGGUCCAUAGGUGUAACACUUUAUCACGUGGCAACGGGAAACCUUCCCUUUCGGCCAUUUGGUGGACGAAAAAAUAAGGAAACAAUGCACCAUAUAACCACUAAAAAAGAACCAGGUGUCAUUUCCGGAACACAAACAAGCGAGAAUGGUCCCAUCGAAUGGUCUCGUCAUCUGCCACCUCACUGCCAACUGAAGGCAGGUUUGAAGUAUCUGGUAACACCGCUGCUAGCAGGACUGUUGGAGGAAAAUCAAACAAGAAUGUGGUCCUUUGAACGCUUUUUCCGUGAAGUCCAACACAUUCUGAACAGAAAGCGUGUUCAUAUAUUCUAUGCCAAUCGGGCAAUUUCCAUCGAGGUUUACAUGGACCCGGAGGAAACUUGCUUCAAUCUGAAGGAGCACAUUUUCGUGCAGACGGAAGUUCCUCAUAGCGCACAGCUGCUGCUUAUGGACACGGAGUUACAUGAUCUUAAAGUUGGUGCUAAUAGUACUGCUCGUGGUUACCCGGAAAGCGAAGCGGAGAGUCCACUUAUGUUGUUCAAUAUUGAGAAUAAUAACGUUACCCUUCCGGCCGAGCUUGAUCUGCCGAAGUUUCCCUCGUUUCCCAGUGGUGUAUCAGUGGAGAACGACGCGAGUUUGGCGAAGGUUGCUUGUAGUGUAGGACACGAAUGCAAGCGCCGUAUAGAGACGUUCUCCAGUUUGGACACCCUGAUGAAUAAAGCCGUGGAGCAAUUUGCAGGAUUGCUGAAGAACUUACUGAUGAAAUUGCAGGAACGGGUAAAGCAUUUAGAGGAUAUGGGCAAUUCUAUCUGGGAGAUAGCGGAUCUAGUGGAAAUAGUGGUGUUGAAUAACGACUCGUAUCAGGAUAAAGCAACCACAAUUAGCACCGAAUUGAACGUACUAAAGGCAGACUUUCAGCGAGUGUCGGAUCCUGUUCAACAGCUAUUCAAUCGCUUCGUCCUGGAUGAGUCACUGAGCCGUGAUUGGAUUACCGCAUACCGUGACUUACGCAGUCCAAACAAGCACCGGGUGAAUGAAAAAGCGAAGCAUCUGGUGGACCGUCUGCGUGACUCUUGGCAGCAUCUACUGCGAGACCGUGCCACACGCUCGCUAACCUAUAACGACGAACAGUUUCACGCAUUGGAAAAAAUCAAAAUUACCGAAACUGGAAAGCGAGUGAAGGCACUGCUGAACGAUGACGUACGUCCGGCAGUCGAGCUGGAAGCGGAAUGUUUGGCAGACUGGUACAAGAAAGCGCAAACAAUUUUCUUGCAGACGCAGUUUCUUCACAAAGACGUUAGAUCGCAUGAAGGAAAAUUGUACGAUAUUCGUGACCAGCUGAUUCAGAUCAAAGAAGAUUUGAAAGAGGAUAUCAAGAACGACGGAGAAGUGUCGAAGAUUGCCAAUGAAACUUCGGUGAACGAGCAAAAUAUCGAGUGCAUGAAGAAAUCCAAAGAGAUGCAAUGCUAUUUGAGGACUUUGUUUAAUUAUCAGCGCGAAAUCAAAAAGAUUUUACAGCAAAACAGUGAGCUGGUCGAUGCGGUUCAGCAGUUGUCCAUGAACAGGGAAGAUGACAAUUAAACUAUUAUAUUGAUAAUCGAUUAUAGUUUAUAAAUAAUGGGUCGAAAGCGAUAAAAUGUAAAUAAUAGCUGCUAAGUUUAGUAUUGAAUUUGAUUCUAGUACUUACAUAUUGGAGUAUACACAUUGAUUUACUGCGUUAUAGUAUAUAAGUACGGUACGUGCUGCCUCUGAUUAUGACUAUGUGUAACACAAACAAUACAGUCUGUUACGGAUAGAAAAAAAAACAGACUUUCCUUAGCUCCUGACUAGGAAUUCCAUUAUUUAUCAUGAUGUAUUGCCUUUUUAUUACUCUUAUUUUGUGAUCUACGUAUAACUAUUGUUGAACCGUAUUGUACUAUUUAAUAAAAAAUAUA